AAAUUACCUGCUCAUCAAGUUCGUCUCACACAUCCUCUUACCUCACGCAAUCAAUCAAUCAAGAGCAACAACCUCUUCAUACUCUCCCAACCCAGACAUAAACCCAUCAUUCCAAGAUGAAGUCAUUUGCAUCCGCUCUUGCUGUUCUCAGCGUCUUCUACACAUCCACUCUGGCCUCCCCAGUCGAGGCCACCACCGGGGCCACCACCGAGGCCGCCGAGGCCGUCAGCGUGUCCGUCUCCUACGACACUGUGUUCGAUACCGGCAGCCAAUCCAUCGACACCGUCUCUUGCUCCAACCUGAACUACGCGACCUUUGCCGACAUCCCUGGCUACCCCAACAUUGGUGGUGCCCCCACCGUGUCGGGCUGGGGCAGCCCCAACUGCGGAAAAUGCUACCAGCUGACCUACGGCACCACCUCGAUCUACGUGACGGCCAUUGACGCCGCACCCGGUGGUUUCAACAUCGCCGAGGCGGCCAUGAACAGCCUGACCAACAACCAGGCCGUUGCACUGGGCCGGGUCACCGCGACCUACACUGAGGUUGAUUCAUCAUUCUGUGCAUGAGCGGCCGAAGGGUGCGAGCUUGGAUUUCUUUUGUCCAAUUUGGUCAUGGAUUCGACGAUGAGAUGACAUGUCAGGUUUCGGUUUUUAGCUUCUCUAAUCUUCUAAUAUCAUAAUAUCAAGUAUCUGCAUGCUUUGUCCGCCGCCAUGCCAGUCAUUGAC